UCAGAGGUUUAUACGUGUUGUCAUGGUGAAGCAGUUUAAACCGAACUCUUCAUCACCAUUUCAAGCAAGGAUGUCGUCUACGAAUAAAAAAGUGAUGCAGGCCCUCGCGGAAACAAUCUCACAAAAAGUGGAACACUUUUCCGCUUUGUCAUUUGUAGUCAGUAAGAAAGAGGUCGAAUGUCUUAUCCGGAAAUUCAACACACUUCUGGAGGCGGAGAAACAUCCUGACAGUUCUGUUCCCGGUCUGGACAGAAACAGGUUCAAAGACGUCCUACACAACCUCUUCGAGUUGACCGAUGACUUCAUUUUGGAUAGAGUUUUUAAGGUAUUUGAUAAGGACAAUGAUAGCUUUGUCUCUGUGGAGGAAUGGAUCCAGGGGCUGUCUGUCUUUCUUCGAGGAACGCCGGAUGAACAGAUUAAAUACUGCUUUCAAGUGUACGACUUGACAGGCAGCGGAUUUAUCACAAAAGACGAGAUUUAUCUCAUGCUGAAGGACAGUCUCCCCAUGGAGCAGCAAGAUGAGGAGGACGAGAUGAACGAACUGAUAGAAAUCGUCCUCAAAAUGAUGGACUAUGACAAAGACGGCAGGCUGUCUUUUGAAGAUUUUGAAAAGUCUGUGAAAAAGGAAGACCUAAUCCUUGAAGCCUUUGGAAAGUGCCUGCCCAACUUCAGGACCAAGAAGAAGUUUGAGGAGCAAGUACUGGAAAAGCAGCAAGACGAAUAAACAAACACAUUCAAUGUUCAACUUUGACACUUUUAAGAAGCCAAAAAUCUGAAAUGUUUUUCUUUGUGGGAUGAUUUUUAUUUUUAAUUGACAAUUUUAAUGUAAACAUGGAUAAAUAUGUGACUAAAAUGGCUUGAAUCAUAUCCGGCGAUGUGGCUUAACCUUCUUCUCCGCUGGUUUGAAGUCUGGAACUGAUGAUGCCAUAAGCAUGAAUAAAAUGAGUGAGAACGACUUGCACCAUAAUAAAGUUCUAAAUAUUAACAACA